AUGACUGGCAGACGUGGUGGGCAGCACUCAUACGAAACGGAUGGAGGAUUCAGAGCGGACCAUUCACGGCGUGAGCAGGGAUUAUUCGACACGGAUUCCGAGUUCUCCGCAAGAGGUGAAGCUGGCGGAGGGAGUUUUGUUUCCGCUUCGCAUUUCAGAGAGAGUGGACAGCUAUCUUCAUACGAUCCAGACGGAGGUUACAAAGUCCCUAAGGCACUUGGCGGUCGUUCGCAGGCUGAGGAAGCGUCCCAUAACUCGGAUGGAGGAUACCAAGUCCCUAGGACACCGCCUGCCGACAGUCAUGAUUAUACUGAGCUACUAGAGUUUAAAGAAACGGAGGUAGAAUACUUGAAUGUGAGAGAUACGAGCGGCGACGACAAAAGAGGUGAUGGCCGAAGUCACGGCAGCGGCUUUGGAGGCGGUGUCGAAAUAGACAACUUCCAAGGCCGUGGAGGGCGAGGCUCCGGAGGUCUCCAUACAAAGCAAGACUCAGUGGAGGACCAGGCUCCAGCGGUGCCGCCGAGAGGUCGACGUCACGAGGGUUACUCGGCGGAGAGGUGGGCUUCUCGCGCCUCGAUGUUGUUAUCCCCUUCUGCGGGACGCGCGGUGGAGUUGCGUCUGCAAGAGAUGAGCGGAGUGAUCAAGCGGGAGUCGCGGGGUCGUAGCCGUGGUGGGGAUGCGGAGGCGGUGAUUGCCAGGUCAAUCAAGAGUGAUUUGAGAGGGAUCACGGAUGUGCGAACUGCGAACAAGAUUUGUUUAGAAACAUUUGGGCGUAAGAUGUCGGAGUUGCCGGAUGGUUUUGUGUCAGAGGAUGCGACUCAGACAGUUGCCUUCCGUCCCGUGGUACAGGAGGAGCUUCGCGAGAUUUUGGAAGGGGUACCGGAGGAUUGGAAGCCGGUGAUCCGAAAAUCGGCCAUGCCCCUGGACCAACUUAAGGCCGACCUGGCCGCACAAGGACUAGCUACUGACUCCAUAGGCGCCGCGACCGUGGCCACCGCGGCUUUGGGCGUCACGGAUAGACGUUAUAAGGACCCCUUCCCUCGUGGCGAUGAUAUCGCUAGAAUCGAAGACAAGGGAGGCUGCUGCCGCUGCUGUGGUCUGAGAACUAAAUGUUCCCGCUGCCUCUGCGCCAGCGCCGUUAUUGCCGCCAUCGCGGGCAUUACGGGUGGUCUGGGCUACUGGCUCUGGACUAGGGAUCAUGGCACUAAGCCCCAGUACCUACCCAUUAUUGCCUCUUGUGCGGGUGACUCAACGCCUGCUGGUCUGCUGGAGAUGUUUACAGAACUUGACUUAAACAAGACCAGGGUCCCCUACGACAUCUGCAAGUCGACCUUCGCCGAGACCACCACCAACGACUCCAUUUGGCAAAAAAUACUGUCAAGCAACGGUACUAUGUUCGCAGGCAAUAGCACUAUGCCAACAGGCAAUGGCACUAUGCUAGCAGGCAAUAGCACUAUGCUAGCAGGCAAUAGCACUAUGCUAACAGGCACAGGGAAUGAAACUGCACCAGUUUGUUUCCAGGCAAACAUGUGUUCAGGCCGGCCUGGCAAGCUAGUUUGCGCAACUCAAGACAAGGACGGCAAAUUCAACCCGCAAUGCUUCUUUUUCGGAACCCCGCAUCCUGUGGAUCUACUCAGCUCCUGGGAGUUGGUCAGCACCUAUGUAAAGCCGGUUCAUUGCAGUGUUAAAUGCAGUGAUCCUACUGAAGUAUCCAAUCUCGUCAACAGCACCCUUAUGACCAAGCUUCCAAUAGGCCUAGAUUCCAAAUCUAAGGGUACACAAAAAUCGGACGGAAAGGCCAUUAUCUUGGACCCAGAGUCCGCUACCAUACGACGGAAGGCUGCAAUGGAUCGACUGAUAACUCCUAACCCUUAUGUUAACGUCAACAACAACUGCUCCUCCUUCUGUGAGCCUUGUGGAACGAAGGAAAUGGAAUCUAUGCGUAACUGCAACUGCCCAGCUGCUACCGUCGCCUGUACGGUACAGGAUGAGUUCAACAACGUGUUCGACUGGACCGCCGUGUCCGACUCCAACACGUCCUUGAUCAAACUGUUUGACCGCGUUACGGCAUUCACCAGGAAGGGCGUCAAGGUCCGCAAAUGCGCCUAUGAAUGCAGCUGCUCAGGGCACUAG